UCAUGGGGUCAGACAUAGGAGUCUUGCUUUACUGUAUGUUUUAGAUGCAUGGUCUGAUGACGUCCUGCAAGAAUGUAGUGGUCUCAAAAAGUAGAUAACAUGGUGAAGGGAUUUAUUUGCACCGGGAUGCAAGUUAAAAAGAGCUAGCUGAAAACGAACUGUUUCCAUGCUUUGCAAUGCAAUGGACUACUAAAAAAAACUGAAACAAAGUUAAAAUAGUGGACACCAACAAAUACUUUGUUGUCACGAAUGGAGGCUUCGUUUUUGUGAGAGGACAGACGCACCACGACUGGUUUUCACACAGUGUGGGUAGAUAGCUGGAGAAACCGCGCAAGCUUCUUUGUUUUCUUACAUAGACCGUUUAUUCGCAUACUCCUGUCUGCAAAUGACAUAAAGGUACCGACUCUAUGGAAGCUUUCUCAUCAUUCGCUAUACAGCUUAGACUUUAACAGUCAUUUUUAAAUGAAACCAAAUGCACAAUUGUUGUAACCUGUCGUGUCCAGUGAUGAAAAUGGAACUCCUCCUUUGUCCGAGUUGUCAGUGUCUUUUAAGCGAGUCCGUGACAGUUUCCUGUGGACAUUCUUUCUGUAAAAGGUGCUUAGGAAAGACUUUACCUCCACAAUGCCCAGUAUGCAAAGAAAUGUUAAAACUGUGGGAUGUGAAAAGCGUAAGAAACAAUGUUGUGCUUUUUGCUAUCAUGGAGAAAUGCUUCCCUGAAGAGAUAAAACUACAAAAAAUCAAGUGUAAUUUACGAGAGCGCCUUCAAAACCGUGAAUAUAACCAAGCGCUUCAAAUUGCCAACGAAGGGAUGCAGCUUGCACCUCAUGAUUUCAGACUACGAAGCUCAAGAGCUGAGGCCUACUUGGGACUACAGCAGUUUAAUGAAGCUCUGGAGGAUUUUGAAGCUAUGUGCCAAACAAGACCUUUGUGGACCGAGGGAUUCUUUAGAAAAGGAAAAAUAUUCAUGGAGAUGGGCAGAAACACAGAUGCCUUGCUCCAGUAUCACCGUUGUCUCACACUUGACCCAGAGUUUACAGCUGCCAGGGAAGAGAUACAGAAGAUUUUACAAGGACAUGCUCUGCCCCUCCCUGACACUGUGGAAGGCUUGCUCAGCGCUGUGUCUGUAUACACUACACCAAUGAAAAGAGACAACAUACUGCAUUCCAGUGCUAAUAAAGAGGAUUGCCAGCCUGUGUCUUCAUGGCCAGUGAGUGAGGAGACACAGGGUCAGCAGAUGCAAGAGGAAAUGGAGCAGGAAGCUGCCGAUACAAAGGACAAAGCAGGAGGCAGUUCCCAACAGCAAGACUCCCCUCUCAAUGUUCUGAGCAUGUCUGACUUUGAAUGCCCGCUUUGCAUUAGGUUGUUUUUUCAACCAGUCACGACCCCCUGCGGACACACUUUCUGCAAGAACUGUCUGGAACGAAGCCUGGACCACAACCUGCGCUGCCCGCUCUGCAAACAGAAUCUCCACCAGUUCUUAAAAAACAGAAAAUACAAUCGCACGUUCCUGCUGGAGGAGAUCAUGUUCAAACUAUUUCCCAGUCAGCUUGAAGAGAGAAAACAAGUACAUGAUUCGGAAAUGGCAGAACUCUCAAAUUUAAUGAAAGAUAUCCCCAUCUUUGUGUGCACCAUGGCCUACCCUGGCGUGCCAUGCCCGCUCCACGUAUUUGAACCGCGGUACCGCCUGAUGAUGCGCAGGUGUAUGGAGACGGGCACGAAGAAGUUUGGAAUGUGCACCUAUGAGCACGGAAAAGGGUUUGCAGAUUACGGCUGCAUGUUGGAGAUUCUGGGUCUUGACGUGCUUCCGGACGGCAGGUCCUAUGUUGAUUGCAUUGGAAGGAGCCGUUUCCGGGUGUUGAAACGCAGCCAUAGAGACGGCUACCACACAGCGGAUAUAGAAUACCUGGAGGAUCAAAAAGUGGAAGGAGCAGAUUUGGAGGUUCUGAAGUGUUUACAUGACAGCGUGUUCCAGCAGGCUCAUGACUGGUUCCACAGACUGACAGGCAGGAUCCAGGGACAGAUCAGUAUGCAGCAUGGCCUGAUGCCUGACAAAGAGGAGGACAUACAGGCUUCCCCAGAUGGUCCAGCCUGGUGUUGGUGGCUACUGUCGGUCCUGCAGUUAGACCCUGCCUACCAGACCACAGUCCUGUCCCUGACACUGCUCCUAGACAGACUGGGCCAUCUCCGCAACGUCCUAGAAUUCUUCUCACAGAACUAAGUCUUCAUUUAAAAUGGAGGAUACAGUUGAGCCACUUUACACAUUAAUUACUUGCUUCAAGAAUACUUGCUUUAAUUUUUUCUAGAAGCCUUUGUUUUGGUAUUAUUAUUAUUAUUAUUAUUAUUAUUAUUAUUAUUAUACUAGUCUAACACAACAGUGACCUUAUCCACACCUACAUCACCACCCUCGUCACAGCUGGCGCUGGGGGAUUGUUAGUUAGUUCCCCAUUUAUUAUCCUUAAUGAAAUAUAACGCUUCUGUGCACAGAAGGGUUUAAAAGGGUUUCAGCACCUCUCCCAGGUUUCAGGGCUACCCACAGUGUAUCACUGAAAUGCUCAGAAGCCAGGACUCUGAGCAAUCAGGUCCCUGUUAAAUAGAUUCUUCUAUCCUCUGGCUGUAUGAACAACUUUUAAUUGUAAACCUAAAAACUCAAGUGAGAUGUAUGCAUGCAGAGACAAGUGUGACCAGUUCAGAGCAGAGAAACCAGGUUGUUCAAAUUCAUGACACCAGGUCAUUUUAUUAGUAUACCUAAAUAAGGGGAGUUCUGAAAUCCUAAAAAAAAUAUGACUUUAGUAGUGCUAACCAACUACAUGGCUGUAGUUGUUUAGCACUACAGCCAUGUAGUUGGUUAGCUUCACAUCCAAUAAUAAUCAAAGUUUCACUGGUGAAAUAUAUUUAAACACUGGGGUGUAAUGUUUUCUUUUCAGGGGGUGGUUUCUAAUUUAAAGAUAUUUGUGCUAGUUUGCAGAUCAGUAGUAAGUAUGCUUUGUAACAGGAUAAAUGAGUUCACCAGGCUGACAAACCACAAUCACAUAUGAAACACACCAGCAUGUUGUAGAAAUGGAUAAUGUUACUGGGCAAUCUGAAUUGUGUAUUCAUAUAUUUCUAUGUCGACAACUUACAUUGAAGCAUUCUUAAAAAAAAAAAAAAAAAAAAAGAAAAAAAGUCAAUUUCUUAAAGAAACUUCAGUUCUCAUCAGUCUUUUUAUUUGUGUUAUUUAAGAUUAUCUGGUGUAUGGCUGGACUGUUUAUUUUUACUUUGUUUGCUUAAGAGAUUAUAU